AUGGCUAAGAAGAAAAAUUCUACAAAGACUAAUUUAGAAAGUUUGGUCUCGUCAGCUUUACCUAUUGUCGAGUUUAAGCAUAAGGAUCCUCUGUUUCAAGUUGCAUGCCAUCCUGAAAAGCCGAUCGUCGUUAGUGGGACUGCCACUGGCUAUAUCUUCUGCCAUCAAUAUGAUGCUACUGUGUUGCAAGAGGCAGUCGACAGAAGGCGCAAAUCUGCUACAGAUGAUUCGACAAAGAAAGAUAAAAAUGAGAAGUUUUGGGCAGUGGUCGAGGUUCCAAGUGAAGACACGGAAGAUAUUGCUGGUAUCAAGUUGCUUUGGAAGACAAAAAGACAUAAAGAGAGUGUAAGAGGCAUUGCUUUGGACUCAGAUGGGAAGUAUAUGUAUUCUGUUAGCAGUGAUAAUGUAUUAAAGAAGUCAGAGACUGAAACAGGUAAAGUUCUGAAGAAGAUUACUCUUUCUGAACAACCAAAAGAUGCCAAGUUUACAAAAAUCGUCAAAUCUAGCACCCAUCCAUUUUUAGUUUUGGGUGAUGAAGUUGGUAAUGUAUUAGUGCUGGAUAGCGAGACUUUGCAAGAAAAAAAUAAAUUGAUCGAUAUUCACGAUGGUAAAGAUGCUAUAAAUGACAUCUUCCAUUUUUCUAGAAGAUCAGCAUAUAAAUUUAUAUCACUAGGCCAAACUACCUUGGGUUACUGGGACGCGAGAGAAUCCAACCAGUCUGAUAAGAAAAUAUUACCAGAUGAUACUGACUCGAAAAGAAUGGUGCUACUAAGUGAUGACCAAGAAGAUGAGAUUUUAUGUGGUACUUUUGUAGACCCUGAAGUUGGUGAUACUAUAGUAUGUGGUAUGGGAGAAGGCCUGCUAACAGUUUGGAAACCUGAAAAGAAUGGUUUGGAAGAUCAACUUACAAGAAUUAAAAUUGCAGCCGAUGAGAGUAUUGACUGUAUUAUACCUACUUUGCAAGAUGAUAAUUGUAUCUGGUGUGGUUGUUCAAAUGGUAAAAUAUACAAGGCAAAUGCUAAAAGUGGUAAGGUCAUUGAAAUAAGAAAACAUAGCAAUUUAGAUGAGGUUGCAUUUCUUGAUUUAGACUGCGAGUACAGAGUCAUCAGUGGUGGCAUGGAUAGCGUCAAGAUAUGGGAAUUGAAUGACGUCAAUGUAGAAGUCAAAGACAAUAGUAACAAAGACGAGAGUGAUUUUAGUAUGAGCGACAGUGAUAUUUCAAUCAGUGAUUCUGAUGAAGAAAAUGAAGAUAAUUCUGUGAAUGAAGAUGAAGAAGUCGAAGUUCCUGCAACUGAAGAAUGGGCAGGUUUUGAAAGUGAAACUUCGGAUACAGAGAGUGUAGAAAAUGAUGAUGAAAAAGGACUAAUUGGUCUAUCAAAAGAGCAACUAAUGAAAGAGCUUGAUAAGGAUAUAUUGGGUCUAUCUGACUCUGAUAAUGAAACAAAUUCUAAGAGGAAGACUCGAGGUUCAAAGUUUCAAAAGAAACAGAAGAAACAGAAAAUUCAAAAAGAGGUUGCCCAUAAUGACAACCAUGGUAUUACUAAAUUUGAAGGUUUAUAA